AUGUUUGGAGUUCAGAGAAGUACAUCAAACCUAUCUCUUUUAUUUUCUAAAUUAACAAAAAGGAAUUUUUUACCACUAUUUUCAGUCUAUUUCCAGAAAAGAGCAAUUCAAAAUCUAGAAUACUAUUUUUCAAACAAAAGAUGGAAGUCUUUUAACAAAACAAACGAAAAAUUGUCAGAGGGGUAUGUAUCACAAAUUAUGGGUUCAGUUGUUGACGUAAAAUUCGAGGGUAAACUGCCGGAGCUAUUAAACGCUCUAGAAGUUAAAGGACACCAAAACAAAUUAGUCCUUGAGGUUGCACAGCAUUUAAGCGAUAAUUCAGUUAGAGCAAUCGCAAUGGACGUUACAGAAGGACUCUCUAGAGGACAAAAAGUUAUAGAUACUGGAAGUGCAAUAUGUGUUCCAGUCGGUGAAGCUACGUUAGGUAGGAUGGUCAAUGUUAUGGGGAAUGCAAUCGAUGGAUGUGGAGACAUUAAUACUAAAAUCAGAAGGCCGAUCCAUAGAGCAGCACCUGAAUAUAUGGAACAGGUUAUGGAGCCUUCACUAAUCGUUACAGGAAUCAAGGCAAUAGAUUUACUCACACCAUUCAUUAAAGGUGGUAAAAUAGGACUAUUUGGUGGGGCGGGAGUGGGCAAAACAGUUUUGAUUAUGGAGCUAAUAAAUAAUAUUGCAAAAAAAUAUGGUGGAUACUCAGUUUAUACGGGUGUUGGAGAACGUAUAAGGGAGGGUUAUGACUUGUAUAACGAAAUGCUAGCGAAUGGUGUUAAUAAAAAGUCGGUGAUCGGAUCUCGAGUUGACAGUAAGCACAAGAGACAACCUAUUUACGACUUUCUGGGUUCUAAGACAGCGCUAGUAUAUGGUCAAAUGAAUGAAACACCUGGAGCGCGGGCGCGGGUUGCACUUACAGGUCUUACUAUGGCAGAAUAUUUUAGAGAUUCAAUGCUACAAGACGUGUUAUUUUUUAUAGAUAAUAUUUACCGUUUUACUCAGGCAGGAAGUGAAGUUUCUGCACUUCUAGGGCUAUUACCUACAGAAGUUGGGUAUCAACCUACUUUGGCCACAGAUCUUGGUAAACUUCAGGAAAGGAUCACAACUACGAAGAAUGGCUCUAUAACAUCUAUCCAAGCUCUUUAUGUUCCAUCUGACGAUAUUAAUGACCCUGCACCAGUUGCAGCGUUUACUCACCUUGAUUCUACAAUAGUUCUUUCUAGAAAAAUGUCAGAAAUUGGUAUAUUCCCAUCGAUUGAUCCCUUGGAAAGUAGAUCCAAGGUUUUGGACCAAAAUAUUAUAGGUGAAGAACACUACAAAACUUCCACUAGAGUUCUUUCCAUUCUACAAAAGUAUAAACAACUGCAGAACAAAAUUGCUACUAAGGGUACAGAUGUACUUUCUGAAGAAGAAAGACUAAUCAUUUCUAGGGCGAGGAAAGUCCAAAAGUUUCUUACCCAACCGUUCUUUAUGUCAGAGGCUUUUACUGGAAAGCCUGGGGUUUUUGUCAAUUUGAAUGAUACAAUUAAAGGUUUUAAUGCUAUUGUUAAUGGCGAAAUGGACAGUUUUCCGGAAACACUGUUUUAUAUGAAAGGAAAUAUUGAUAGUCUAGAAAAGCCAGAUUCGAUUUAUUAG